AUGACGAUACUUUUGGUGAAAGUAUCAACACUUGCAGCUUGUGUAGUUGUUCUUCUGUCGUGCUAUUCGCCAGGUAAGGAAAUCAGGCGUGUUUUUUGGCCAGAAAUUGCAUUCUAGAAGCAUGUUAUAAAUUAUGUCUGUCGACUAUUCUAUGCAAGGCAGAAGCUCGAUCGAGCUAUUGGAUUAUAAUUUUCAUGUGUAAAAAUCAUGUAUUUUACAAAAAAUGCUUCAAUUGAUCGUCAAAUGUACAAAUUACAGCGUUUACUCACGAAAACGACAAGGGGGCCAAGAAUAUAACAUGCAUUUGUUUAAUACUUUAAAAACGUGUUUAAAAAUUUCGAAAUAGUUUCGUUUUUGUACAGGUCUAUGGUUUUCUACAAUCUGCUUACCAGGACAAGUUAUGUGUUUAUUCAUGCGUUAAUAUUUGGAAAUUUGACACUGCAUACUCGAAUGCUCUCAGAAGGGUUAUUUCAAUUUAUUAAGCGACGGAUGUCACAAUGUCAGUUUGAUCGUUAAUAAUUAAACCAAUAUUUAUGCUGAAUUUGUUUCAUAUGGCAAAAAUGAAUUAUUGACGAGCUUGCAUAGAACAGCAGAUGAAGAUAUGUUUUAGAUAUAUUUAGGUUUUUUUGGGAUUAAUUAAAAAAUUAUACAGCUGUAUAGACUAUAGGAGAGCUAAGAAUUUCUUCAGCUGUACUGCAUAUAGGAGGGGCAAAAGUCGCAACAAAAACAUAAUCUGAUGACAUGACUUUAUGAAGUGUCACUUGUCUGGUCACUGAAACCAACAAGCUUUGGCUAUUUGUUCGUCAAUUAAUCUGAUUGGUUCAUUUAAGUGGCCAGCAGUUGUUUCACACAAUAAAACCGUCCGAACCUAACCCCCUUCUCUUUCCCCUAACCACAGAAUAGGAUAUAUGUUGGUUAUAAUGGUGACGGGGUUAUAAUGGAGACUUCUUGGUUUUGCCUAUGAUUUUGGCAUAACCGUUGCAAUGCUGUCGCCAUGGUCCUAGCCAGUGCACUUAUAAGAGGCAUAUUCACCCCCUGAAAAUAUUCAAAAAUAUGGUGGAUGUUCAGGGGGGAUGAAUACCUCUCAAAACCACACUGGGAACAUUGGCAACAGCAUUUUGAUGGCGAAUCUUGGUGUGGCAGCAGUUUUUCGUUGAGUCGACCUUCAAACUGUGUGUCUCUAUUCUGUACCCUAACCCUACAUGAUCAGACCACCUGUUCGCAGGUUGAUCCACAGAGCUAGCGCAUGGCCACCAAGGAUUUGCUUGAAAAAUAAUUAAAUUGACUUGACGUCAUUUUAGCAUGUUGACAGAACCAAGAAAAUAGUUGUGCCAGACAAACAGCGUUAGCACAUUAGUUUCUGGUCACAGACAAAUUAUAACCACUUCCAAAAUUUUAUUAUUCAUUUAGUGUUGUCAGCGAAGUUGACACAUAAACAAGAAAAAGUUAUCCAAGUGGAAAAUCAGCCAUUUGAGUUGCAAUGCAGUGUUACUGGCACACAAGCAGAGAUUGACAACAUUAAAAUCGAGUGGAGUAGGCCUGACCCAGAUGUGUCGGGGAGUGAAAUCCCCAUUGCAGAAAAUGAUCCUAACAGAAAUAUCACUGUCAAAAAUAGUGAGACCCUACAUUGUUUUAUUGUUUCCAUUCCUUUCAUAUAUAUGGAUCAAUGUGCUACUUACACUAUGAAUUUUUGCUAUUUGCAAGACAAUUAAAGUGCAUAUGACAUGAACAUGAUUAUUUUCUUGAAUGAAAGAACUCUUUAAGCUGUAGUGUAAUUAACUUAUUUUUCAUUUUCUUGAUUUUAUGGUUUGUUCCUGUGAUAUUUCAAUUUGUUUGAUAUGUAAAUGAGUGUGAAUAUGUCCGCUAAUUUAUGACGUCACUUUGGUUGCAAGCUCUUCGAAAUGGUUCAAUAUCACUGCUAUCAUCCAAGACGAUAAUUUCAAACAUCACUCGCUGGUAAAUGUGAUGAAACACUGGAGAAAAACGUGAACUGAUAGCUAUAGUUUUUAGAGUUAAUAGAUUUAUAGCUAGUGUAAGUUGCUUGCAACCAAAGUGACGUCAUAAAUUAGCGGACAUAUUCACAUAAAUAUAUCAAACAAAUAUCAUACAUAUCAAACAAAUUCAAAUAUCUCGGGAACAAACCACAAAAACAAGAAACUGAAAAAUAAGUUACUCUAUAGCUUAAAGAGUUCUUUCAUUCAAGAAAAUAAUCAUAUUCAUGUCAUAUAUGACUUUAAAAUUUGUCUGCUUUAGACAGAGUAAAAUAAUAGUAGAGUGCAAGGAAACAGUUAAAUACUAUAAUUCUGUAAAUCCUUAAAGCCUCUCAGGCUGAGUCUCCUGAGUAGUAGUAAAUGCUAUUGAUGUUGUUUUAGGUGCAGGAAUGUUGACAAGUACUUUACGUCUACUACAAGGGCCUCCAGAUAUACAGAAUCUUCGAUUUUAUCUAUGUGAAGUGAAACCCUCAUUACCAGGAUUAAGCCAGCAUUUUUUUCCAAUCAGAGUUUUGAAAGGUAUGUCUACUUCUGUGCAAUACUAAAUAAUUCAUGAGAAAACACAUAGAGAUAAAUAUAGAUUUCCUGAUGAAAGGGCCUUUGCUUGAAAAACAAGUUUUACCUGUAUGUUCAGCUGUUGAAUCCCUAUCAAUCAACAGUUUUCAGGUGUUUUUGUCACUACCAACACUGGCACAGACAAUUCAAGAAAUAAUAGAUGUCUAUUAUUUCUAUGGAAAAACAGCACCAUAUUGUCUAAGCUAUUUUACAUCUAAUGCCAGAUGAUUUUCAGGCCUUAAAAUAUUGGUCGGUCACGGACAUUGUCCGACCCAUUCGUGAAAUUGUCUGACGUAGAGAGGAAAUUAACCACCAGACAUUCUGUCCGACCUAAGUGAAACUGAGGUUUAUUGUUUGUCCGACCCGAGUGAAUUGGUGUCCGACCGAAAUGUAGCUUUGUCCAUCGUAAAUCAAAAUGUACCCUAGCUAGGACUAGAGCAGAGGCUUGUACGUUAAAUGGAAAAUCAGAUUACUAUUGUAUACAGGGUGUAUCAUAAAAAACGGAGUCCAUCUUUUGUACUUAAUAACUAUCGGCCUGCUAUAUUUAAUAAAACGGUUUUAGGCUUAUUUUAAGGCCUGCUCAUUUAUCUUUCUAACAAAUAGUCAUCCGUGUCUUUAGUGCAAGUAAUAACUGCACAGGAGAAAAUUUAGUAAAACCUAUAAUUUUUAGAUGCCGCUUAAUUAUACAAAUUUACUAUGAUAUUCCAUAGUCGGUUACAAUGUUUGAAUUUUCUUGUUCAAACUUUAAUGUUCUUGUUGCCACAUCAGAAAAACUAGUAAAACUUGUUAAAAACAUUCUAAAAGAGAUUAGGUUGUUUUAUUUAUUUCAAAAUCCUAAAUUAUUUCCAGAAAUCAUCAAAACAAUCUUAUGUCCAUGCAUCGUCCGAACUAACGCCAUCGAAUCGGGCGCAAUGUAAACAUAAAUUAGCAAGUUGACGGCAAGCUAAAACACGCUUCAGCUGGGAAUAUAAACGCAUUUGAAGUCAGCAAGUGAAUUUAAAAUAGUGUAUUGGAAGCCUUUAUUACUUAGUUUUUACAAGCUAUUGCCAAAAUGCCUCAAUUUGCACGUUUUGUUGACAAUAUAAGUUAUUUUCAUCAAGUACCAAUUUGUUAUUGCAUCUCAAAUUUUUGACUCUCCAAUCGCAAUCACUUAAAUGUCUAUGCUUUAAAACAAAUGUAAACCUGAACGUUUUACUCUAAUAUUCGUUUCGAAAUUUAUAUUUGAAGCAAGGACUCCGUUUUUUAUGAUACACCCUGUAGAAGGUGAUCUGGAGAUAUUGUUUUAACGUUGUCAAGCGCGGGGCAGCAAGCGAAAUGGUGAAGUGGAAAAUGGGCUUAAGUUGUCAAAGUCUUUAAAACUGCUGUUCUGGAAAGCAAGUUAAUUUUGGCUUGGAAAUAAGUAUGAAAGAAACAAAUUAUUUAAUUUAAUAUCUUUACAACAUCUAAUUACCGUUUAUUCAUUUGUGUCAUUCAGACUUAUUUCCGAGUCAAAACUGAACUGAAGGUCAUCCGACAUAUGUCUGACCCAAACUCAAUGUCAUCGGACAUUUUGUCAGACGGCCCUGUAAAAGAUAUUUUAAGGCCUGAUUAUUUUGCAUUCAGGGGGACUUGUACUUAAGGAGGCUCCCUACAGUUUCCAAGAUAUGUCAGUGGUUUAUAGGCCAUAUAGAUGGUAACGUAAUUGUUUUUUGCGUAAGCGUUAUUCGUCAUGAUUCGUCACUCAGCAAGUACCGUAAACAGAAGCAGUCAUCCCCCUGGACGUGCGCCAUUUUGAGUACGUCCAGGGGGGACUGCUUCUGUUUACGGUACUUGCCGAGUGACGAAUCAUGACAAAUAGUGCUUACGCAAAAAACAAUGGAGAUGGACUUCUGUGUAGUAUUCUGUGGUAGCGAUUGUGUGGGUUAAAAUUACUUUUUUAUAUAAGAGGAAACAAUGGCUUGUGCAAAAAAUUAGUUUUUAACUUUUUUUUUAGAUUCAAGUAGCUUUUAGUACCACACUGAUAUAUAUUGGAAACUGUAGGGAGCCUCCUUAAGGUUACAGAACACCUUUGAGUGUUAAUUUUGCCUAAAAAUUUUUUAUUGGUUUCCAUGAAAGCAUUAGACUAGUGCUACUAUCUGACCAAGUUUGGAGGAAAAAUGUUGAAAACUCGCAGAGUUAUUUAAUAAAAUACAUUUCGCUUGUAAUAAGAAAAACAUUGAAAAUGUAAUAUUCAAAUUCAAUUUUCUCCCGAAGAAUUUUACGGCAAUUACUGAUUUUUAAACGAGUUGUGCUCCUGUGGGUUUUAACCAAUUUUUCUCAAAUUUUCACAGGACAUAGCUAAAGAAGUCAGUUUCAAAACUGUGUUCGGCUUUGUUCUAAUUUGGGAUAUUUUAAUAAUAAGGAGCAAUUCACACAAACGAUUCAGAAAUAUAUUGCAGUCGUCAAAGAAAUCGCCAUAUCAGCGGAAUGACGAAAUAAACAAAAAUUUCCGAACACCAUUUUUUAGAACUAUUUUGCUGUAUAAAAAUGAUAUCUUCAUAAAUAUAUCUUAAAACCAGCAGGAACAUAACUCAAAAGCGUAAAGGUACCGUGACUUAAGAUUUUCCUGAAUAAUUCUUAUAUUAUUUUAUUGUUUGUCAAUUUUACAACUUUAUCAUAUUUUGCAUGCACUGGCUAACAUUUGGUGAAAAUGGGACUGAUUUUGAGCGCGCAAUAGCGAUUUUCCACAAAACGCCAAAAAGGGUGUCCUGUAACCUUAAUCGGUUAAAUACUACUAGUUCAUUUGCAAGGUUAUAUCAUUCACUUGAAGGUGUUUUAUACUUCAAAGUAUGAUGCUAAGUGUUUUUUUUUCAACACUGCAUGUUUAUUAAUGUUGCUAUGAAUGCCUAUGAUAGCAAACUCUUCAAAUAUGGUAAUUUUUUAUUGUAUUUAUAUCAGGUCAUACCUUUAUUUUGUAGCCAAAGCAGUGCCAGAGGCAAAGAUACAUCCAGUUGAGCGAGGAAAAAUUGGAGAAAGUGUUGCUUUGAACUGCUCUGUGUCAUAUAAUAAUGACAAUUUUCAAACUGAAUACAGUCUUACUUUGUCCUGGAAAAAAAAUGGAAAUGUACUUAAAGAAAGGAAAAACUUAGAAUAUGAAGUAGGAAGUCGUACUGAAGAAAUAACUUUCUCAUUUGUUGUCAAACGGUCUAGAGAUGGAGGAGUUUAUGUUUGUCACUGGAAGUUGACUACUAAAAACAAUAAUUUUAUUUACGGAAACAGAACUGAAGUUUUACCAAGUAAGUUGUUACAUUAUAAUACUUGAAAUACACGUCCUUUGUGGUAGAUUCUCACUAGUCUAAACUUCAAACUGUUGGUUCUCAAGUGUAGAUAAUGGUCUUGAAAUACACGUCCUUUGUGGUACAUUUUCAAUUCAGCACAAAGGCAUUUCAAGACCAUGCUACCUAUGUACCCAGUUUAGGCUAGUCAGAAUCUACCACAAAUGUGUUCCAAAACCAUGUGUUCCAAAACCAUCACAUACUGAGAACAACAGGCUAGGGAGAAUCUAGUUUUACACUGCAAUAAUGUGAGUUGAAAAAAUUGGCUGUCAAAAAAUAAAAUUCAGCAUAUUUUCCAUGUUCUAGUUGUACCAUCUCUGAACGGGCCUGUGGAAAAGGAAGUGGAAGAUACUGUCGGAAGUGACGUCAAACUAACCUGUGAUGUGAUUGGUUAUCCCAUCCGAUAUGAAUGGCGUUAUGACAAGGAUUCCUUGAUAGGUACCAUCUAUUCAUCGAACAUUGGAUAGCGCAUUGUUUCCCUGAAAAUGUGUCUAGUUAGAGACGAAUGUUCUGUCUGGACUCUGGAUGUACAUGGGCAAUGAAACUAUAGUUGUUUGUCUGAUAUAGUAAUCUGUCUGUGUAAUUACUACGUGACUGGUCACGUGACUAAGGGCCUGUUCAUAUGGGCAGAAGUUAUCCCGGUUAGCGAGAAAACGUUUCGACAAGUUUACGAGCGAGAUCUCGCCUUGUUACGAAAAUAAUAUGAAAAGUUACAUUGCGUUCAUAUGAGACGAAAAGUUUUCCCGUGUACCGAGAUCUCGCUUGUUGACAGGCGAGAUCUCGGUGACCGGGAUAAGGUUUUCCCCAUAUGAACACAACUUUCCCGCUUAGCGGGAUAACUUUUUGUCGUGUCAGCAACUUUUCAAUUCAAUUGAUGUUCAGUGCUACGUCACAGCCGGAAACUUUUCCCGGUAAGUGGGAUAAUAUUUCUCCAUAUGAACAGAACAAAAGUAUUUGGCUAGUCGAAAAGUUCUCUCGUUAACCGGGAUAACUUUUGCCCAUAUGAACAGGCCCUUACACAGGGAUGAAUUCGGAAUAGUACUCAAAGACGAAAAGUGUUCACACGGAACCGGAUGAAUUGUAAUCCUGAAGUAUUUACGUACGCGCACACAGAUUGACGUUUGCCGUAAACGUCAAGCUAAGACUCAUCAAAAUGGUCUUGAAAAAGAAUGGUUCCGCUGUUCACUUUGCAGCAGCCUGACUUUCAAUUCGGAGAAGUCAGAAGAAGACUGAUCUUCUCCUCAUUUAAAGUCAGGCUGCACGCAGGCCGUAUUCACAUUGCGCCGUCUAAUUUAGAAGCAAUUCCAGUACAAAACGAGACCUAAUUUAAUUUGGUCUCGAAUUCGUACGAUUAGCUGUGCUGGAAUUCGUCUGGUCGUUGAUGCGUCGCAUGUGAAGGCGAAACUGGACGAAUAUAUUUGAGUACGGGUCCGAAUUCAUUAUAUUUAUAUAUAUAUAUAUACUCAAAAUCUCCUUUAAAAAAAAAGCACUGAAACCACAAGAAACAUUUAAAGAAACUUUUUGCGUUGUGGAUGCUAAGUUUGAUGAGGAAUGAACAACAUUUGGGAUGAGCAAACCGAAUCUAAUUUCUCAUUUGGAGGACAAAUUUUGUCCGCCAAAUCAGAGGUCGAGAACUAAAUGUAGUUUGCUGAUGUCAAAUGUUAUUUAUUCUUGGUGAAACAUGGCAUGUUCAAUACUAAUUUUUUUUUUUUAUAAAUUGUCUAAUGUCUUUGUAACUUUGUUUUAGUGGGUGAUUCUCGAUAUAGACCUGAAGAAAAUGUGUUGCGUAUAGACGACAUUGGUUACGAAGAUCGGAAGACAUUUUCCUGUCUCGGGAUUGGUAGAAAUGGCACUAUUAUUACACAAACUAUUAUUCUGAGGGUGACAUCAUCAUCACCAUCAUCAUCAUCACCAUCAUCAUCAUCAUCAUCAUCAUCAUCACCACCACCACCACCACCAUCAUCAUCAUCAUCAUCAUCAUCAUCAUCAUCAUCAUCAUCAUCAUCAUCAUCAUCAUCAUCAUCAUCAUCAUCAUCAUCACGUAUCAUAGAAAUAUAUUUAUAUAUAUAUUUUUUUAUUUUUUUCUAUGAUACGUGA